AUGGAGGCACCACUGAGAGAUUGGCUAAGGAGGCUAAUUGCGGUGUUUCUUUCAGUAGCAAUAAUAUUGUUACUAUUGCAAGUCGCGAAAGUGAAUGGCAACACAGAUACAGAUGCUCUCAUGACUCUCAAAAUCGCUAUGUCUUAUCCCAACCAAUGUCUCAAAGAUUGGGAUUCGAGCCUCGUCGAUCCUUGCACUUGGCUUCGCAUCACCUGCAACUCAGAUAAUCGUGUUAUUCGAGUGGACGUAGGCGGCUGUGGUUUGUCGGGAAAAUUACCGUCGGGUCUAGCCGGAUUGGACCAAGUGCAAUAUCUGAAUCUUUACGGCAAUAAAAUUUGGGAAAGUAUUCCAGUAGGCUACGGCCACGGCUUCAAGAACCUUAAAGCCUUGGAUUUGAGCUCCAAUUCACUCCAGGGCAUAAUUCCAGCAUCUUUGGGAAAAUUACCGUCAAUUGAAUUUUUACGGCUGGAGCAUAAUCAAUUAGGCGGAUAUAUUCCAAGAGACCUUGGCCUGAUCCCAACUCUUAAGCUUUUAAACAUUUCAUUCAACAAAUUAUGUGGAGAUGUACCUCCCGAGGUUGCACACAUUCCGGGAGCCGAUUGGUCUAACAAUCCUGGAAUUGGCGAACCUUGUCAAUGA